AUGACGUCUGAAUACCCCACUGAUUUCUUGGCUGUGUUGUUCUGGAUGAACAUCGGCGCUGGCAUUUCUUUGACUUUACUGGCCAUCUGUUCUCUGUGUUGCCAGCCUCGAAAGGAUCAGCUCCCCAUCACCUAUGUCGCAAACCUCCUCAUCUCCAAUCUGUUUCAAAUGUGCUCCACCAUCCUCUGGGAGAUACAACUCCCAGGAGAGGCUGGGUACAUGGUGAUCGCCUUUCCAGAACAGAACUGCAUCAGACGACUCAGGACUUCUGUGUUGAAGCAGCAGAGGAAGAAGAAGCAGCAGAAGAAGAAGCAGCAGAAGAAGAAGCAGCAGAAGAAGAAGCAGCAGAAGAAGAAGCAGCAGCAGGAGAGGCGGGGUGAGCCUGGUGUGUACACAACUCCGGGAUUCACAGAGUUGUGUAGUUUCAGUUACGGGAACAGACGCUCAGGAAAAACCAGCGGUAAGAUGCAGCUCCACAGCCUCGAUGAUGCCGCUCGGGUUUUGUUCUGGAUCGACGUGGGCGCUGGCCUUCCCUUUACUCUGCUGCUCCUCUGUUGUCUGUUCUGCCUGCCUCGAAAGGAUCAGCUCCCCAUCACCUAUGUCGCAAACCUCCUCAUCUCCAAUCUGAUUCAAAUCUGCUUCUUGUGCAUCUGGAUCUUCUCUUUUCAUGGAUAUAGCAUGAUGCUGAUAUUCCAAAUAAUCUCUACAUUUGGUUUCUUCUGCGGUAUGACGACCAGUCUCUGCUUCAGGAUGUGUGUCGCGCUGGAAAGGUACAUGGUCAUCGCCUUUCCAGAACAGAACUGCAUCAGACGAGCUGGGACUUCUGUGUUUGUGUGUGUCGCGAUCUGGGUCCUUUGUGGUAUCAUUAUUUUUUUUUGCCUAUACAUGGUGCGUUUUUUAUUCAUCCCCUACCUCACCCUCGUACCUUUCCCCCUGUUCAUCGUCUGUCUGGCUUUGACUCUCAGAGCGCUGCCUGCUGCCACCUCUGUGCCCGCUGAGGAAAAACGAAGAACUGUGGGAGUUUUGGUUCUGUUGCUGGUUAAUUACACUCUGCUGAUCCUUCCUUCAAUCAUAAUGAUUAUUGUAAUGUUAACGGAUGCCACUGAUUUCCCAGGGGUUGUUCUGCCCCUGAUUCAGCUCAGUGCUUUUCUGGAUUUGAUUCUGGUUGUUUUCAUGCGGGAAGGGCCCGUCGACAAGUUGCUGGCGCGCCUGUGCUGCUGCAGGACGGACGACGUUGCAGCAGAUGAUUGUGGAGAAUCACAAGUGUGACUGAUGUAGAAUGUAGACAGGUGGGUGCAUGUAGGCACAGAAAAAAAGAAAGAAAGAAAGAGACGCAGGGAAAUUAAAAUCAAGGCAGCAUCUUUAACAGAUGAUGUUUGCAUGUGGACACCUGACUGAAAAAAGGAAGCGUUUAUGAUGUUGACUGUUGGACACUGAAAAUGAAAAUGCAAAUUUUAUAAUUACAGAAAGACUCCAGAUAUUAUUUACAUGUUUAACACAGAGAGAGAAUCUUAACAAGUCUCAGCACUCCACCCACCUCUUAGUCCAGGCCAUGGUUCUCUCUCACCUCACCUCCCUUCAUUCACAGUGAAACCCGAAUAGAUAACAGCCCGUCUGGUCUUCGAUCAGCCCGAAAAGUAACGAGUCACUCCUCUGCUCAUCGACCUCCACUGGCUGCCCAUGGCUGCCUGAAUCAGAUUCACGUCUCUAAUGCUGCCUUCAGAGAGACUUCUGACUCCAUCUACUUGAACUCAAUCAGCUUUAUGCUCCUCCUCAACCACUGCGUUCCUCCAGGGAUCGUCGUCCGUCACAAUCUCUUGGAUCCUCAUCUCUUCAGAGAGCAGCUCGUCUCCUAACAGCUCUAACAUUCCUAACUAGCUCUCACUUUGCACUUUCACUGCACUUCUUUACUUGAUGUCCUUGCACUUUUUAAAUAGAUGUAGUCCUCAGUACUUACGCCAAGGUUUCCUACUGCACCGAGGCUUUAGUGACGUCCCUCACUUGUAAGUCACUUUGGAUAAAAGCGUCUGACAAAUAUCUAAAUGUAAGAAUUUGUAAUGUGCAUGUCAGUUCAUAUUCAUAUUCUUUUGUUUUCAAUGUGCAAAUAAUAAAUUCAAUUCAAUUUGUUUAUUAUUUUUCA